AUGGCAAGGAGGAAGGCACCCCAGAGAAGAUGCCAAGGGGCCUCCAAAGGCUCCUUGGGGAACAAGGCUAAUCCGCAGCCCACGGGGGAGGCGUCAAGGAGCAGCGGGAACCUCUGCGUGGAGGUGAAGCUGGUGACAGACGCUCGAGAGCCUGCAGAGUGUAGCAAGGCCAUGGAAGUUGCAAGGAUGGUCUUCGGUCUUGCCUGCCGUCUGCCAGGUGCCCUCGUCUCCCUGGGGAGACUUCUGAGCAUGUUCAUCUUUGCCGCGCAGAAGAUGGCCUCGCAGAAGAAGAGGUUCUUGCAAGCUGCCUUCCUGUUCCUCGCAGUGGCUCUUGCUGGUGGUAACUGCUGGACCUCGCUGCCACUGUGGAGCAUGCACGCCAAGGGCCUGGUGGAGGAGCUGACACGUGUGUCUCUAGCACACCUGGAGACCCUGCGCAAUCUGCCUGCUUUGUGGUUCAAGGAACCCCGAAAGUUGGACCUUCUGCUGGAGGAGGUGGCUCAGCUGAAGGCAGAGCUCAACAGUGCAGAGAAGCUUUACCAGGAAGUUCAGGACAGCAAGCAGGCAGUGCCUUCGGAAGUCUGUGACACAAUGUUUGACUGGGCCCUGAAAAGCUCUGGUGCUGCCAUCGACACGCAGAGAACUUCAGAGACCUACAGCUGCAGAGAGGAUGGGUGCUGCAGGGUUCAGGAGUGGUUCUUUCUGGCCAAACCUCUCCAUGCUAUUUUGGAGCCGGAUGUGUUGCUAAGGAACUGCUGGCCUCUGCAAGGGCACCGGGGCCAGGUGGUCAUCAGGCUGCCAGCACGAGUCCAUCUGACUGCUGUCACCAUGCAGUACAAGGCCUCUCUGUUUGGAACCGUCACCAGCGCCCCCAGAGAUGUCUCUGUCUUCGGACUAGACACGGAUGGAGAGGAGGAAGUGCUGCUGGUGAUGUUCACCUAUGACGUGACCAAAGAGGCCAUUCAGACCUUCCCUCUGAAGGUAUGCUCCACGGGCAGGGGAGGAUGCCAGGGAGCAAACCAGGCUUGUCUGGGAGCCCAUGGCAGGGGGGUGUGA